AUGCGCAACAAUUUCCCGAUUCCCUUGCAGUACAAGCUUGGAGUGCGCUACUCCGUCCCCAUCACUUCAAUGACUGACGACAGCAGGCAAAUGUUCAGUGCCAACGGUGCGUAUCCAACCAAUGAGGACGUGUCUGCUCUAUCAAUGCCUUUGGAAGACCCGCACUCGAGGGGCAACUUCUUCACAGAUGCGUCUGCGCCAGCUGCGGCCAACCUCUUUAAUGUGUUGACACCAACAGCGCAGCAGACACAACGUUUGCGGGGCGUGGGUCGCGGAUCCAGCGCGCAAACUUUUACCAGAACAGCAGCCGGCACUUUAACUCUCUCAACAGCGAGACGUACCGGCACGAGUCAGGGGUGUGGUGAUUGCAUUAUGGCACUAAUCGACAACCGUGCCGGCGAGGUUGGGGCUGCGAUUUGCCAAUUGCCCUCACUGACCAUUAUCAUCACGCAGUAUGGCGACAGCGUGACGUACGCGAAAACGUUGUCCUUCAUCUUUUCUCGUGGUCCCGCCGAGCUGCUUGUCCCUGAGACGGUUGUUGGAAGCAAUUUUGUACAGACACUUCUGAGGCAUUUCAACGACACAACAAUCACGGGCGUGCAGCGGCGCUCGUUUGAUGAGGCGCAAGGAGCCCAUCGGCUGUUGGAACUCAUGUCUACGGAUGAGGCGGCCCUCGAGGUGAGCAAUACCGACCGCUACCUCUGCCUUGCCGCCGCCAACGCACUCGUUGAGUUCUUGGAAAUGACAUACAACUACACCCUGCUUCCUCACACGGUGCGUGUGAAGUACUUGGCUCUGGAGAACUACAUGGAAGUGUCAAGGCUCUCAGCGCGGGCGCUAAACAUCAUUGCAACUGGAACCGACCAUCUUGCCAGGUUCCCCAACCAGAAGUUAGACAAGGAGACAACUGAAGAGAGUGUCAAGACCGGUAACAGAAAGCCACCGGUGCGCAAAACACUCUUCCGUUCGUCACGUGAGUUGAAAAAAGACGCACUCUUUGUACCACUUGCAACUGCUGUUAACUACACAAUAACGGCUGUUGGCCGCCGUUUACUCCGCUCCACGGUACUGCAACCAUUGCGUGAUCCCACGAGCAUCGAGUUGCGCUAUGAUGCGGUGGAGUGGCUCUGCAGAGACAACGAAGCCCUCGCCGCCAUACGACGCUCACUGCGGUUACUGACCGGUGAUGAUUUGGAGCGCGUCAUAUCAAAUUUUUCACACACACCUAAGUUAGCAACUCUCAAAACAAUGCAGCGUUGUAUCGAUGCAGUCGUGACGCUGUGGCAAUUUCUUCGUGCCACAACCCAACUACUGUACACGUUGCGCGGGUUGCUCAGUAAAGGCGGAACGGGCAAUGCACCAGAAAGCGAGGAGUGUGACGACGUGGGGGACCACUCUAAUCUCAGCUCUGACGGUGUUGACUGCAGCUAUGAAAGCCAAGUGGAACUCCACGAAAGGGAAGGGGUGAUGGAAAAAGAAAAUUUUCACUGGCCCGUUCCGCCACGAAGCUCCUUAUGCAGUACCUCCGAGGGUCACCGUAAACCUCCCAUGUUGUUGCGUAAACUACUCCAGACUCUGACUACAUGUCACAUGGAAGAAAUAUGCGCGGAGAUCGCCCACUAUCUCGAUGAAAGUGUUGUUCAUGUUACAGGUGGGGACGGUGCGAGCGUAGGGCGGCGGCCACGACGCACUGGUGGUGCGGUGUUACAAGUCCAACAAUGCUUCGCGGUAAAAUCAAAUAUCAACGGCACUCUUGAUGCCGCCCGACACCAAUACAGUCAAACCAUUGAGUCGAUGUUUGCUCACGCUGAAAGUUUGAAGCAGCAGUACGGGGUUGGGUCGCUUCGCGUCGUGUACGACGGCGUUCGUGGGUACCAUUUGUGUUACGACUCGCGGCAUGAGCGUAAUGCACCCGAUUCAAUCUUCCUACAGAAAUAUUCUGGUGGCAAACACUACGCACUUUAUCACAGUGGUCGAGCCAUGAUGGAUGUUGACGUCGGGGGUGAUCUUCAUGGUGACUCUCAACAGCAGAGACCGCCAUUCUACGGCUCCUCGGUCUUACAUGUUGAAACACCGGAGCCAUUGAACACUGCCGCUCAGCGCGCUGCGGUGACCAAACACCAAGUGCGGGGAAGACGAGUUACAUGCACAACAAAAGAGAUGCUUCUACUGCGCCGUGGUGCUGAUGAUGUUGUCGCUGAGAUUCUCCAUACGCAAAACGGGGUUGUGCACCGCCUCAUUGAGUACCUUCGACAGCGCCUUGGGAAGUUGCAGGCGGUUUGUGAUGGGGUCGCUAUGUUGGAUCUUCUAAUCGCUUUUGCCACGUAUUCGCGUCUGAAUGCCUGUGUGCGGCCAACAGUACUGCGACAAGGGACUUCUUUCAACAGUAGUGGUACCUAUUUUAUUGAGGCGCGCCACCCUGGUGGACUCUUCACAGCCAAUACCGUACAAUGGAGUGACCGGACAAAUGUGCUGCUACUGACGGGCCCCAAUGCAUCCGGAAAAACUACGUUGUUGAGGCAGGUUGGGCAGUUGAUUGCUCUUGCGCAGAGCGGCUGCUUUGUCCCGGCACGGGAAGCCGCCAUCCAACCGUGUGACCGAAUUAUAGCACAUAUGCUCUGUGAUGAUUUGGAGGACGCAGCCACGUCGUCGUUUGCAAGGGAGAUGCGGGAACUGUCGUAUCUUUGCAUGAACGCCACAAGGGAAAGUGUAGUACUCGUGGAUGAACUGGGGCGCCGUACAGCGGCGCGUGAAGGCAUGGCCAUUGCGUGGGCGACAGUUGAGUUUCUAGUGGAGAAGCGUUGCCGAACAAUAUUUGCGACGCACUAUAGCCGGUUGACGCGCCUUGAAGAGGGCACUGCUGGUGCGGUAAAGAAUGUGCACUUUGUGGUGGCUGUCGAAGACGGCGCCGGUGGUAGCAUCCCCGUAGGGGAUGACGGAAUGGUGGUGCUGGUGGGCGGAACUGCUCCUCUUACUAAUGUUGAAAGCGGAUCAAAGCCAGCAAGCAAGAAGUCGUGCACUCUCCGUUUCGAAUACCGUCUGCAACCCGGUCCUUCGCAUGUGGAUUGCUACGGAUUGCGGCUUGCCUCCCGCGUUGGCUUCUACGCUCCUGCGCUCAAGUUGGCGUGGGAACUGUUACCCCUCAUUGGGGGAAGGGAAGGCGGUAGGAGUCAUGAAGGUGCAGGUGACGAGGCGGUAGCAGCGACUAUUGAUGAAAGCGAAAUAAAAAGUUUCCAUAGCGCUGGAAGCCCAUGUUGUGUUCGUGUUGCUGACAAGGUAGUUGCGGAUGUGGCCAAAAGCCCCCCUGUUGUUUCUCCAAGUACGUGCAACAAAGAGGAGCUAAGUAUGAUAGGCGGAAACAGAAUUAGUGGUAACCACAGCGAGGAUAUAAGCGUUGCUUCGAACUCUCGUUGCCUACGUCAUACUUGUCUCGAGGGAGGAGCAGUGGAUUUGUCAAAAAUGUUGCAGCUGUCACCAUGCGGUUCCUCUACUGAGUGA